AUGUCGUACUCCUUUUUGGCCAAUGGGGAAACAUAUGGGUAUAUGGAGCCUUCUCGUGGUCUACGUCAGCGUGAUCCGUUAUCUCCCUAUUUAUUCCUCCUUUGCAUUGAGGGUUUAUCGGCACUUAUUGUGUAUAAUGAGCAAAUGAGAGUUCUUAGCGGGAUUCGGAUUUGUGAGGCUGAGCCUAGUAUCCAUCACUUAUUGUUUGCUGACGACAUUUUCUUGUUUGGUAAAACCAAUCUGGAUGAAUGCGCUGUGGUCCAACGUAUUUUAGGUGUUUUCUCCCAAGCGUCAGGGCAUGAAAUAAACUUGGGGAAGACUAGUAUUGCGUUCAGUGCUAACGUGCAUGGCCGAGAGCAGCAAGGGCUUGCCAAUUUUUUGGGGGUCCAAUUGGUGGAACGACAUGUGCAUUAUUUGGGCCACUCUACGUUCGCGGGUAAGAAUAAACGCCAAACUUAUGCUUAUAUCAAAGAACGAGUCCACAAGAGGUUGAGUAGUUGGAAAGGGAAGUGCUUAAGUGGAGUGGGACGUGAAUUGCUCGUGAAAGUGGUGGCUCAGGCACUGCCUACAUAUGCUAUGAAUUGUUUUGUGCUUCCAAAGACUUUUUGUGAUGAGUUACAUCAGUUAAUGGCUCGGUUUUGGUGGGGCAGUGAUCUGGACUCGAGGAAGAUUCAUUGGCAAUCACGGGAUAAGUUGUGCAUUGCUAAACCGGAAGGUGGUAUGGGGUUUUGGAAUCUUUAUGCUUUUAACUUGGAGGUGGGUGCCACGACCCUUGACAUUUUGUCCCAUAAUGAUGCCGCCUCCAUCUCGAGAGGAUAUGAGGGUUCUGAGCUUAUUGAUGUGGAAAGGAACAAGUGGUGUGACGCUAAGUUGACUGAGUAUUUUAAGGAAGAAGACAGGGAGCAUAUUCGUGCUUUGCCCAUUAGUUAUCGGCUUCCAUCUGAUAAACUAAUCUGGCAUUAUAAUGACUGGGGUAUUUUCACAGUCAAGAGUGCUUAUUGGGUUGCAUGGAAUUCUAUUAAACCACUGUCACUAAGUGCGUCUUCUUCAGCUUCUGCAGGAAAUCCGUUUACUCUUUUAUGUAAAGCUAUAUGGAAUGCCAAAGUCCCACCGAAAGUGAGGAAUAUGGUGUGGAGGACUUGUCAUAAUAUUCUCCUGACAAAAGAGAAUUUGUCUAAGAAAGGAAUUCUGGGCUGCGGCAGAUCUUGUACUUACUGCUCAGCAACAGACGGCUCGUACUCGGCAGGGGGAAAUGGUUUGAUGCCUAGGGUGGUGGCGGAAUAUUGGGUGAGAGAGAAUGUGGAGGUUGCUACUAAAUUGCAGGUUGAGGUGGGUAGGGCUGGUGUGGUAAUCCGUGACGCAUAG